AUGCAUGUCACAUCUCUAUCACCUGCGGAUCCCAACCUAGCUAUCCCAUCCAGCUAUCCUACUUCAAAUAACAUCCUCAGCUCAAACAAUAUGGCUCUUGCUACGCUCCACAUCAUGGCCCUCUUGUUACUGAUUUUUCUGUUGCUCAUCAUACGGCAGCAAUCUGAGCGACGCCGGCGUCUUCCACCCGGCCCUGGCACACUGCCCAUCAUUGGCAACAUGCACCAGAUGAUCUGGAACAAGCCGGCGGUAUUCCGGUGGAUCCAUCGCCUGCUCGAGGACAUGAACACGGACAUCAUGUGCCUCCGUCUUGGGGGUACUCAUGUCAUUGUUGUGACAUGCCCGAAGAUAGCCCGCGAGGUUCUGCGGAAGAACGACGAAGUUCUCGCCUCCCGUCCUACCACAUUCGCAUCGGGUUCGUUCAGCUUUGGGUACAAGGGAUCAAUCUUCUCACCAUAUGGGAAGCAGUGGAAGAAGAUGAGGCAGGUACUCACCUGCGAGAUCCUCACCUCUUCUAUGGAGCAAAGACUUCACCACCUCCGGAGCGAGGAGUGCAACCACCUUGUAAGGUACAUCAAAAACAUGGCACGUCCAAACAACUUUGUGGACGUGCGCUAUGUAGCCCAGCAUUUCUGUUGUAACGUCAUAAGAAGGCUCGUGUUUGGUAAGCGAUACUUCAGCGACGACAUACCGGCUUCCUUGACCAGUGGACCCGGACAUGAUGAGGUGGCACAUGUCGCCGCUCUCUUCACGGCCCUCAACCAUCUCUACAGCUUCUGCGUGUCCGACUACUUCCCGGCCCUGGUAGGCCUUGACUUGGAGGGGCAUGAGAUGGUUUCCAAGAAUGUCAUGAGAGUGCUCAACAGAUUUCAUGAUCCCAUCAUAGAGGAGAGGAUCCGUGAAAGGUCCACUACACUCGGGAAUGGUGGCGAAAAGAAAGAGGCCAGAGACUUUUUGGACGUCCUGGUUUAUCUUGAAGAUGCAGAUGGACAACCAUUGUUAACCCUAGAAGAAAUCAGAGCACAAACAAUGGAAAUGAUGUUUGCAACCAUCGAUAACCCAUCGAAUGCUGUCGAGUGGGCGCUUGCUGAGAUGAUGAACAAGCCAGAGGUCCUGCAAAAAGCUAUUGAUGAACUAGAUAUUGUCGUUGGUAAAGAUAGACUAGUCGAGGAAUCUGACAUUCCUCAUCUAAACUAUCUCAAAUCAUGCAUCCGGGAGGCUUUCCGCUUACAUCCCUACCAUGCUCUUAACUUGCCCCAUGUUGCCACGGCUGACACCACAAUUGCUGGCUACACCGUCCCUAAGGAUAGCCACGUCAUUUUAAGUCGAAUAGGACUUGGCCGCAACCCAAAGAUAUGGAACGAACCACUCGAGUUUUGGCCCGAGAGGCAUUUGAACACUGGGAAUGUACUUCUCAGUGAGCCUGGCCUACGUUUUGUUUCAUUUAGCAGCGGGAGGAGGGGCUGUCCAGGGAUCUCCCUGGGUACAUCUGUCACAAUGAUGCUGUUUGCAAGGAUGUUGCAAGGAUUCACUUGGACAAAGCCUCCGGGCAUUGAGAGAAUCAAUCUUCAGGAAGGCAAUGCAAGCCUUGCCCUAGCUGAACCCCUGGUUUUGCACGCUAAACCACGGCUGGCUGCUCAUCUCUAUAUAUGA